AUGCAAAAAGGCACACUCCUAAGUGACAGAAUUGCAAACCCAAAAGGUAGCGGGAGUGGCCCAACUUCUCAUUGUAUGGCAAUCACAACGCAAAGUGGGAAACUACUUCAAGGAGAGAAUGAACAAGUGGUUGAAGUGGAUGAUUCCGAACAAGAAGUCAAGGUUAAGGAAAAGGUAAUAGAGGCACCAAAAACUCUAGCACCUAUUCCUAGGCCUCCGCCUCCUUUCCCUCAAAUACUUGCUAGGAGGGUCGAUGAUAGCAAACUCGAAAAGUUCUAUGACAUUCUCAAGCAAUUAUCAGUAAACAUUCCAUUUGUGGAAGCAUUUCAAGAGAUGUCGGGUUCUGCUAAGUACUCGAAGGACUUAAUCACCAAAAAGAGAACCACCAAGAAUGAAGUGGUGAAUGUGACUCAUCGGGGUAGCUCCAUCAUUACAACCACGAUCCAAAAGAAAAAGGACCCUGGAGCUUCCACCAUUCCGUGCACUAUUGGGUUGUGCAAUUUUGGACGAGCCCUUUGUGAUACUGGGGCUAGCAUCAACUUAAUGCCUCUUGCUAUUUACAAGCAAGCGGGGUUAGGUAUGCCUAGGCCUAAAAGUAUGAGGUCGCAAAUCGCCGACUGUUCAAUAAAGAGACCGGUGGGAAUUGUUGAUGAUGUUCUUGUGAUAGUGGGGAAGUUCCUCCUCCCUGCCGACUUUGUGAUCCUUGAUUGUGCUGUUGAUAAAGAAAUCCCUAUCAUCUUAGGGAGACCAUUCCUUGCUACCGGAAGAGCACUCAUGGAUUCGAAACGAAAUGAGAUCAAGUUCCGAAUUAAUGACGAAGAGGUUACCUUUCAAGAGAGUAAAGGUAUGAAAUUACCGCAUGCAUACAAAAGUAUCUCAAUCAUUGAUGUUGUUGCUGAGGUAGAGGAUGCAGUCGAGGUUGAACAAUUGUUGAAUACCUUGAGGGAGCACAGGCAGGCCAUUGGGUGGACAAUAGCAAACAUCCGAGGGAUUCCAGCUGAGAUUUGUGAGCGCAAGAUAUAA